AAACAUGAGUCUGAAAAUUGAAGCCGAAACCAAAGUUAGUUCUGAUCCCUGCGUAAUAGCAUUUGACGGAAACUUGUACAUUGGAACUGAAGAUGGCUAUAUCCAUUCCUUCGACGACAAACUGAGCCCCGUUGCAUCAUGGUCAGCGCACGCAGUACAACUGUUCGCCCUGGCAGCGGGCGGCGGCGCCGUCUACUCCAGCUCGAACGACGGCAGCAUCAGAGUAUGGUCUGCGAAAGGAGACAAGAUCACCGAAAUACCAGUGCCUGGCGCUGAUGUUAGCGUGCUACAUGUCUCUGGAAACGAGUUGUACACGGGCGAAGAAGCAGGGACUGUAAAAGUGUACGAGAAUAAUACUGAAAAAGCAAUGUACAACGUGUUAGAAGAAGUAAAAGAUCUCGCACUGAGCGCACCAUUUUUGUUUACCGUUCGAGAUUUGGAUGUGACGGUUACUGAAAUCAAGCCAGAUGAAUCCAGAACGCGAUUUGUUACGCGGCAUACUAUGGAGGGUCGUGCUCCGCUGAGAGUAGCUGGUCCACAUCUCCUCUGCAUGGCGAGAGGGGGAAACAAUCUUGCUCUACACGACUCGUCUGUGGCUACCGUCUUCAAGAAAAAGCAUGAAGUUAAGGUUAGUGAUAUGAUUGUAACAAGCCUGGCAGUUUCUGGUGACUAUGCUUGGACUGGAGGCUGGGAUGGCGUCUUACGACGAUGGAAAAUUACUACCGACCAGUUGGAAGAUUCUGGAUCAUUGGAACUUGGUGCUUGCAUCAAUGGGUUGGCAGCUUCACAAAACAGUGUGUUCGCUAUUGUGGCAGGAGGGAGGGUGGUGUGUGUAAAAGGAGCAUAGAUCACCAAUACCUCAUGGCUUUAUACAACUAUGUAUAAAUGUAUUUAAAUUUCCUUGUAACUUAUUUUUGGCUGUCAAUAGAAUAUAGGAAUUUAGGUCAAUGUAAUGUGAUUAUUUCAUGUGAGUAAUAGGCUAGCAUAUCUUUGCAGAAAUUUACUUAAGAUUGUAAAGUUGCAUUUAUUAUUUUAUUCUAAAUUGCAUUGAUAAAUGUUAUUUUAAUAAGCCUUCACCUUUUUGCAAUUUUUGAUCAUAUUUGACUAUAGAUGUGCAACUAAUUUAAUUGAUAAACACAUGCAUGCAUGCCAUGUAUCAAAGAUACACAACUGUGAGGUUUGCAGAGCCCGUAAAUGCCAUAAACCUAAUAAUAAAAUUUGUCUUAAAUUCGACAACAUACCAAAUACUGUUAUGUUCAGUAGUUCUUUGACCCUCAUUUUGUAUAUUUUUCCUAAUCAGUACAGGUUUGUGACUAUUAAACGUCAAUAAAAAAAGUUACUUCCCCGACUCUUACUUUUUUGUGUUGAAUUUAAGGAAGACUUAAGCAUUUAUGUGUAAGAGUAUGUAAACAGUUUUUUAAUUAAAUAAGCCAUAAAAUGUCUGAAUUAUUUAUUUCCAUGCAAGAGCAUGGCUUUGAUAUAUACAGUUAAUAGACAAUAGUUCUUAGGAAAAAGAAAAUAAAGAAAUUACAAAAUUAUCCUUAUUUAAACAAAAUCCAUAAAUUGAAAA